UCAAUUUUCAUUCCAUUGGAUCUACAUCUAUUAUAGAUGUAGAUCAAAACCUUGCCUUUCCCUUCGUUAAUGAAUUUAAACCAUUUCGUGUCUGUUUUAGUAUUUGUUUAGGACAGUUAUAUGUGCAAGGUUGGCAUUGCGAGAUUGGCAUCUGGAAUCUAAAUACCAAGGAAUAUAAAUUCCUUUGUCAGCCUAAUAUGAAAACCAAACCAAGUUCCACUUCAAUGUUUGGGAGUGGUUUUGGUUAUGAUGUAAAAUCUGGUGACUUCAAAGUCAUAAGAUUUUACACACACUAUAACUGUGAAAAAAAACAAAAGAAGUAAAGAAGAGAGGUUGAUUAGCACAAAGAGAGUAGCUGAGGUGUAUUCUCUGUUAAAUGAUAGAUGGAAGAAAAUUACAGUCCUGAAGCUACCAUAUGCUUCCAAACAUAUGCUUAUGUCCACGAUACUGGUAAUUAUCAUUGGAUAGGUAUAACUAAUUAUGGUACAGGUAUUGUGUCCUUCAAUUUUACUAGUGAAACCUUCUCUUUCUACUCUUUACCCCUACUGAGAUUCAUAACAGUAUGCAUACCCUAGUUGGGUAUAAUAGUUGUUUGUUUUCUAUAUCCUAUAAGAGAAGCGCAACACAAGUUGGAAAAGCACUUCUUCCGGGAGAGUUUAAAGUUUUUGAGAUAUGGGAGCUUGAUAGUAGGAUUGGGUCGUGGGAAAAACAUUUCCAUGUUGUUCUGAAUGAUGUUGAGAAAGCAGUGGGGCUUAAAAAUAAUAUAUUAUUUCUCGAAGGGAGGGGUGGGAGCGAUAAUUUAUGUGAAUUGUUGGUUUAUGAUUUGAUUACUAGGGAAAUGAAGGCCACAGGCAUCUUUGAUUAUGCUGGAAAAAUGAAGAUUGCUGACUAUGUUUGCCCGAAUGGGUCUGGUACUAGUACUGAUAUGGAGUUAACGAGUUCAACAGAUGAAUCUUCAUCUCAGUCCUCCCUUUCAGCUCAGUUCUCCCUAAUUAGGAUGUAAUAGAUUAUAACUGUAAGACUUGAGAUCCUGAAAUUCCACUUAAUAGAUUAUAACUGUAAGACUUGAGAUCCUGAAAUUCCACUUAUCUGUUCAUCAUCAAUAUUUCGUUGUUUGCAUUAUGUUUUGUAAACUUGUAAUGACUUGAGACCUAAAAAUUCCAUUUGUCUGAAUCGUAGCUUAUGUG